UAGUGGAAGUCCAGCUAUCAUGACAUACACAGAUACUUACACACCAGUCAAGAAGAACUAGUUAUUAAUUUUAACAUUUUAAACCACAGACCAUGUCCAUGUAUUAGAUAAGGUUUCUUAUGGGCUUUGAAUCCUGACAGAGCCUGUAUCAUCAUGGCUAGUCCCGUCGCAGCAGAAUCCCGGGCUGUUGGGCCCGGUGAAGAACAACCAGAGUCUGCAUCAGAGGCCCGGGCACCUGUGCAGCCUCAGCCGCCUCAGAAGCACAGUCAGACGGCGUGUGCGGGCGCGUCUGCCGCGGUCAUGGUGGAGGCGCUGGAUGACGCCGAAGGGCUGUUUGUGGCCGUGGAGAGAUGUCCGCUCUGCAACACAGCCCGACGCAGACUUACCUGUGCCCGAUGCAUCCAGGCCGGAGAUUUCGUGUACUUUGACGGAAGGAAUCAGGAGAGGUACACAGAAAAACUUGAAAGACUCCAGAAGCUGAAAACUGAAAAAGAGAAUCUACAACACAGAGUCAUCAAAGCCAUGGAUAAGAAAGUUGAGGCAGAUCAGAUGAGGUGGAAAAUCAUGUCAUGUAAGAUGAAAAUCCAGCAAAUGAAAGAGGCUAUCUGCACUGGCAAUGAAGAAGUGAAGAGUGGCAGGGAGCUGUUGUUGCGUUCUCAAGAGGAAGGUCAGAGACUGCAGCGUAGGGCCAGUCGGCACCAGGAGAAGAGGGAUAAGAUUAAACGGCAUAACCAAAAGCUUGGUGAGCUUCUGGAAAAGAGAUCCAAAGACCUGCAGGGAAGACUGGAAGCCCUGGCCGAGGUGCGGAGAGAGCACAUCCUGGAGCUCACCACACACAUCUUUCACAUACAGGAGGAGAAGCAGGGCAGCAGGGACCCAGUGGAUCCAGCUGUGGCCGAGUACGAUCUUGCUCUGACCUCCAGCACCGUAACUGAACUCGCAGAGGCCAGACGUACCACAUACCACUCGGGACGUUGGAUCUGGGAUGAUCAAAACGGAGAGACGAGCAUUAGCAUCACCGGGCCAGAUGUCACACUGCCAAGCAAUGGAGACUGCUCAGCCUAUUACAACUGGGUGGAAGAGAAGAGCGGAAACCAGGGGCCAGAGCUGGAUCACAUGAACCCAGCCCACACCAUCAGUGCUGCCCUAUGCUAUGCUACACAACUCGUCAACAUCCUGUCUCAUAUCCUGGAUGUCAACCUCCCGAAAAAGUUAUGCAACAGCGAGUUCUGUGGUGAUAAUCUGACCAGAUACCGAUUCACCCGCGCCAUAAACAAACUCAACACCAACAUCCUGCACCUCUGCUUCUCACAGAAUGUUGACAGCGAGCUGCUUCAUCCUCACCACACUUUGAGGAACAUCAUGUUUUUAGUGUCGCCAGAAAACAAGAACCUCGGCAGAACUGGGCCUUUUGAAGUGAGUGCAGACUUAGAAGAAUCAAUGGAGUUUGUGGAACCAGAAGCAGCCGGACCUUCUGAGGAGAGCGGCGAUGAGGCUGUGACCGAUGAAGAAACAGACUUGGGCACGGACUGGGAGACUGUUCCCAGUCCCCGCUUCUGUGACAUCCCAUCUCAGCCUAUGGAUCUUUCCCAAAGUGGCAUGCAGGCGUCUCAGCCAGUGGGAAACGCUGGGGGAAUGAUCUCAUCUGCGGCCGCUUCCGUCACGUCUUGGUUCCGUACCUACACUGGUCAGCGCUGAGAUCAGAUGGAUGUAAGGGGUGGUGGCAUAUGCAGACAAAGGGAAUUUUCUGUUCACCUGACUCUGGGUAGUGGUAUAUAUGUGGUAGAAACCAGAGGGAAGCAUGUGAUCUUCAGAAGCAACUCACGUGUGCUAGUAAUAAAGUCUUGGAUAGUGGGUUCAAAGCAGAAAUUUCAUUUCUGCUCUUUUGUUGCUCACAUUUAACUGGAGACAUUACAUAAAUUACACCCAUUGCCAAAUAUUAUCUUGUUAUAUUCAUAUAAACUGUAGAAAGCAUUGUUGGACGGACUUGAGUCUGUGCUGUCUUGACUGAUGGAUUGUAAGUUCUCACGGAAGAGUAAAACUGCACCUGUUCACCAGCUUUUCAAAGAAUUUUACUGUAUAAAUGUUGCUGGACUAAAAGAGUGAAGCAUAUUAUUGGUGUGUUAUGUUUUAUUAGAUACAUUUUCAAAAGGAAUUGUAUUUUAUGAAGAAACAGAGGUGUGUAAUGCUGAUUUUCUCUCUUUUCUUUAAGAUGAAACAUGCUGUAUCAGGCAUGAAUAUUCUGGCAUUGUUAUGACUUGUAAUGUUUUACCUAUAUUUAUUUUUGCACCAUCUUUAGUUGUUGAAACAAAAAAUCAUACUAUCAAAAAGUUUCAUAUAAACAUGUAUUUGUUUAAGCCAAUCCGCACAGUUAUUAAACUGAAAAUCUCUUUGAUAAACAAUAGAAAUUGAGCAAUUAUUUAUAUGUAUAAAUUACAUCUUUGUUUUAAAUGUGUUGUGAUAUCUCCAGUUGCAUUUAGAAGAAACUCCAAAAGAAGCAUCAAGAGUAUAAAUACUCUGACAAGGAUAUAAAACAUUCAGGGCUUUUGUGCCAGAAAUGCUCAUGUAUAUUCAGUUUUCAUGUCGGGCAAUUUUUGUACUAUACUAUAAAUCAAUCACACGUUAUAAAACCUGCUGCAGUCAGUCAUUUAUUAUGUGAUGUAACACCAUUUAGCUUUAAAGAGCGAAGAUUGACUAGAGGAUUUAUUCAUAUUCAGACAUAAUAAACCAA